CGGGACCCGUGCCUCCGGAGUUGUGCGGCGCCGCGGUCACGUGACGCAGGGAGAAGGAAUGCCAACAUGGACCCGUGGCAAGGACGGGAUGUGUGAGCGUGCCACGGCCACAACACGACGGCGGAAAGAGGAAACGCACGACAGCGAGGCCAUCGACGGCGCCGCGUCGAACCUCCGUCCGAGCGCAGACGCACGGUUUUUGUGAUUCCUCUUCUGGGUCGAGUUUCACCAGCACCCUCUCUUCUGUGCUCGUCCUGGAUCAAUGGUGUCCGUCGGCAGCAGAACGCUGAGUCUGGAGAAUGACCUGUUCAGGGACAGCAGCAGCAGCAGCAGCAGCAGCCUGUUCUCCCUCGGCCUGGGAGACGGCGCCUGCAGCUUGGCCUCCUGCGACAGCCCCGAGGCAGGCGAACUGGGGGCUACGCACAGCCCUGGCCUCGGGGAGGACGAAGAUGAGGAGGAGGAGGAGGAUGAAGACGAAGGCGAUGGGGCACGUCUGCAUAUUUUUCUAGAGGCGACAGCAGAAGAGGAACCUGCGCGUCCGGAGCCUAAACUGCCAGAGUUCAAUUUCCAUCCCUCUUCCCCAUUCUCCCCGACCCUGGAGGACAUUGAGGAGUUCCUGAGGGAAAAGAUGGGACAUGUCAAAGAGGGGCUGAUGGUCCCAAAAGAGGAGGCCUCCCCUCUCCCCUGCAGCUCCGGUGACUCCCCGUCAUCCGCUGCGCCCCUGGCCCCCUCCUCCUCCUCAGACUCUUGCAGUGACACGGGGACUCGUGCCUCCCAUUGCACUUCUCGCCCUCACACCCCUCACAAUGAGCAAAAGAGCCCCAGCCCAGCUGACAUGUCCCCUUCCGCCCAAGUCACCCCCUCGUCAUCCACGGUAACCCCCUCGAUGGUCAUGGGUGCGCCGCUGGUUCUCCAGCUCCAGCCCCUACCUCUGGCCCAGCCUCAGGCCCCAGCGGCCUCUCCCCCGGGGGCCCAGAACGGCAUUUGGCUCACUCAUCUCAUCAUGGGGCUCCAAGGAGCCACGGGACAAAAUCUCACCCUGCUGACCCCCCAGGUGCCCUCCACCCCCACAACCAUUUUAUCGCUAAACAGCGGAGAUGGCAAGUCCGCCGACCAGAAGUACGUGAAGAUCGCCCCUCUGCCCAUCACAAUGAGGACAGUAGAGAUUAUGGGUGUGACUGCGGUUGGGGCCCAGGGCAGUGGUCUUUUGAAGGCCAUGGCCCCCCGUGUGACCAGAGUGCCACCCACAGAGAGGGUCCAUAAGUGCUCCCACCCAGGCUGUGGGAAGAUGUACACCAAAAGCAGCCACCUGAAGGCUCACUUCCGCCGGCACACAGGAGAGAAGCCCUACACGUGUAGCUGGCCCGAGUGCGGCUGGAGGUUCUCCCGAUCGGACGAACUGUCCCGCCACCGGCGCUCCCACUCCGGCAUCAAGCCGUACGAGUGCUCGCUGUGCGAGAAGAAGUUCGCCCGCAGCGACCACCUAUCCAAACACACGAAGGUCCACCGCGGCUCCAGGCCCAGCAGGAUUAUCAGAGCCACCGUGUGACACCUUCAGCUGGCCUCCUCGCCCCCGGCCCUGCACCCCGCCCACCCAGGCCGGCGCAUUGACCGGGGCGGGGCCCGGGUCUCCCUCAGGACUUUUGGUGCUUCACGAGCAGAACUUUUCCGAAAAAGAACCUUGAGAGCUGGCUGCUGUUUUCACACUCAUCGUUUUUGCAUUUUUCUCUGCACCCUCCUGUUUAUUGUAUCACUUGUUCCUUCUGAGUAGCCACCUCAGGAAAAAAUCAGCUGAAAGUGGACUUCCUGGCCUUCACACACACAAACACGCAGGCAUAAAACAAAAGGCAUAACAGGAGACAGCCGUGUUGCGAACCUCUGCUGGCACUAUACUGCCCCUGUUCACAAGGAGGGGUUAGGGUGGGUAAUGGAGUAACGGCGUCUGCGAUUAUAUUAUCUCCUUUUCUACUUUUGCAUUCGCCCCUCUGUCUCGCAGCCAAACUUCAGGGUCCACGUUGAUGAAGCUUUCCCAGCAUUUUUGUACGUUUGUUUAAAGUGAAACAUCCUCUUUCAGCGGCACACCUAUGCCAUGUGUUCUGAUCUUUGGAUGGACACAGUUGAUGUGGCAGAGUUUCACCCCUGUGGGGUGAAGUUGUGACGGAAGCAGCAGAAGUCUCCUCUGAGUUAAAAAAAAGGAGAAAAAAAGACAAGAUUUCUGAACAAUAGGACUCUUGAUAUUAAGAGUCAAAGCCGAGACAUUGAUCCAGGCAAAACGAAACCUGUGGCUGUGCUCACAUUUCAGCCCAGCUGAGGAAUUCUCCUUGUCCUCUGAUGUUUCAAGAAUCCAAACCUGGCCUUUAUUGCAUUCGUCCGACCGCAAAUCCUCCUCGUUUUGACCCUUCGUAUGCCCUCGCUCGGCCCCGGUACGCCCCCCCAAAUGUCUAUCAGUCGCCUUUGUCCAUAUCACAAAACCUCACUCGAUCCUACUGUUUAUAACCUUACCAUAUGACUGCUCUUAUUUAACUGUGAUUCCGAGCUUGGGGGUUGCCAAACCAGAAAUCCCAGUUCUGGCCCCAUGAGAGCAACCGAAUAACGACACCCUGGGUGUGUGACAGUUCAUAAGCUGCGUGUUUCUGAAAGAAACCUCUUUCGAAAUCCUUGUGCGGUCGACUUGUGCGUACUGGAAAGCUACUCGGCCUGUAUGCUCAUACUCUGGCUCAAUGUUUCAAAAGUGCUUGAUGGUUCAAAAAGCGUGCUGCUCUUCCUUACUUACAGUAGCAGUUACUGUAAAGUUUUUUUUUUUCUCCUGUUGGUUCUAGCAACGAGAAAAACUCCUAGUGUGAACAGCUGGAUAGGUUGCUAACAUUCUAUUCAAUCAUGUGUAUUUGCAUACUCAAUAUAAUGUGUACUGAACAUAAAGGACAAAGAUAACAUGUACAACUCGUAGCCUUUAUAUUAUAUAGAUGUUUUUUGUUUAAAUCAAAGAGGACUUUUUCAAUCAGUGCAUUAAGCUAUUCAAUGGUGUUCCUGGAGAGGUUCCCGGUCUCGCACGAGUUUGAUUGUAGCGUGAUCAAUCUGAUCCAUCGACGUAUCGGCCUGAUUAUUAUGGUCUGGGAUUUGAAGUCCCCCUCUCUCUUCCCAAUGCUCAAACCAUGAAGCCGAAAUCUGCUGGUCUCAAGUGCACUUGUGUUCGUGGAAAUUUGUUGUGCUCUCACGGAAGUUCCAUAAAAUGUAUCAGAACCCGAAAAAUGCCAAAAAAAAAACCCCACACGCAACCCAAUAGGAAAAAGU